AUGUAUGGUCAUGACACAAACGCCAUUCGAUCGCGCUACGAUUAUUAUUAUUCAGUAUCAUCCCCAUCGCUUUCACAAGCGGCGAAUUAUUACGAAAAUCAAGCCAGUCUUUUUGGAGAACCAAUAGCACCAUUGCUUCCACCACCAAUUCAAAAAAGUCCAUCACCAUCAAGAAUUCAGACGCCAUUGACGCCAUUCAACAACACUCACAAUGCAUCCACUUCGUCUUCUGCUGUCACUAAUUAUACGACAACUGGUGUUCAUCCCCCACUGAUUGAGAAUUUCGACAAUCAUUUGCUCGAAUCGAUAAGGCGAAAUAUCUUGGAUCAGCAAAACAACAAUUUAGAUGUAACAAAUGCCCUGACAAAACAUCAAUUGUGGACUCAAAAUUCAAACUCUUCAACAAAUUCACCUCCAAAUGAAACAAGCGAUGGGGGUGCAAAUUUUGAAGGAAGAAGAAAACGAGCGAGAACUGCUUUUGGUAAUUAUAAAAGCGACGAUGACGUUUCACAGAAUAAAUAUCGGACAUUAUCCGCUCACAGUGAUAUGAAAGCUUUCACUCGAUUAUCAAUGGAAACUACAUCAGACACUGAUAAUAACAAUGGACCAACACGAGUGUUUUUCAAGAACAAUAAAUCAAAUAAUUCUACUCGACAUGAAACCACAUCCAAUUCUUCAUCGUCCAAACUUAAUCACAGUGUUGGUCUCAGUAAGAUUCCUCGAAUGAAGCCAACAACUGUGAAGAAAAAAGAAAAAGUUCCGUUCACAAUGGUGAAAAGUAAAAGUGAUUUAAAUAGUUUAAAGACAUAUCCAGAUUCAUUUACUAUUGUAACUUCACCAAAACGUUCACCAUCUGCAGGAUAUAAUCCAAAUAAACGAAGCAAAAGUAAUGACGACGAUGAUGACUCAAUUAUGGAGUUUGAAUGGAUUAAACCACCACCUGAGAAGCUUUAUGAAGCAGCAAGUGUCAUAGACAAAUACGUUGAUGAUGAACCUCCUUAUAUGACAGAACAUUUUGGUGCCCGAUUGUCAAUUCCAACAUCGCCGAUUGUCACAAAUAAGAUUAUGAUUGGAUCAACUAAUCGCGUUCCACCUGGUUCGUUCCAAUCACAUAAGAAAAUUGCUUUUGCUAUCAUCAAUGAUUACAAAAAUCGACGAACAAGAAUGCUUCAGCAUCGACACAGUGAAGACAACAUGAGCUUUUCGGGUCGUUUCUCUCCCUAUUCACGAUACAUAAUGCAACGGGAAAUGUCGGCACCAUCUUUAAAUCGUGUUGAAAGCUUGGAAAGUGAUGACGGUGAAUUUUAUUAUUUCGUCGAUGAUGAUAAUGAAGUUGAAUCAGGAAGACAAACUUCUAUUGGAUUCGUACAUAAAAAGCAAAUGUCAGCAUCAAUGUCAAGUUUGAAUCGACGAAGGCCACAAAGUGAGAUGCGUAAGUUAGGUCCACGUUACAUGUCGACACCAAAUUUCAUAAAAAUUAACAAACGUGCUGUGAUUCAAAGUACUCCAAUGGAGAAAGUCAAUCCACGUCUCAUAUUGCAUCGAAGCUUAAAAGGUGUACUCAAAGUUUACAACAAUACAAACAUCAAGACAACAAGAAGGUUCAGUCUUAACAAUAUGGACAUUUUCCUACCGAAUGGGAAGAUCGAUCCCAAUCUUCUAGCACCAAUGCCGAUCAAUGUUGAAGAUAAAAGAUCGGAAAAACUCGAGAAGCAUCAAGUAAAAGCUCAAAAGAAGCGAGUACUUGUAAUGAAACGACGAAAGCUUUCGCCAAUUGCUGGAACACCGAAUAAAGAUUCGAAGGAAAAGGAAGACGAAAAUAAAACACCGAAACGUAAAAUGAAUACACCAAAGACACGACUUGAAGAACGAUUAAAAAAAGAUAAAUUUGGCCGACUUGUGACACCAAAAAAAGCUGCUUUACCUAACUUCAAAGCUACUGGUGCUAAGAAAUCAACAAAAAAGACGAAAUCAGAUGGAAAAGAAAAGGAAGAUGAAGAGACAGCAGCAGGAACAACGGCAAAAGAACAAGAAGAUGAAAAGAAAGCGAUGAAUUUUCUUCAACAAAUUCAAGCACGAAACGUUUUAGGACGAACAAUCAAAGCUAGAAUCGCAGCGCGACAACCACCGCCUCUCACGAGACAACCUUCAAAGCAAUCAAUUGAAUCACUUUUUCAAGACAAACCACCACCAUUGAAAAAGAAAUCAAGUUUUUCUUCUCUCAAAUCACUGUCAGCAUCGAUAAGAACUGUCACAUCAUUCAAAACUAACAAAUCAAACUCAAUUGAAGACGAAGAAGCUGAAGCAGGUGAUGAGAUAACAAAACUUCAGAGUCUUAAAGAUACGAAGAAAGAUGGAAAAAGUAAAGUGAAAAGUUCGAUUCUUGCUAAAACAAAAGUUUUGGGAUUGACGAGUCGUUUGACUUCAGCAUCUUCAACUAGAUCACAGAAGGAAGUUACUGUCCCACCACCAUCAAGAACAGCUUCAAAAACUUCAAUUCUUAGUCGUGUGUCGUCAAAGCUUCAACUUGAUGAUGGUAAACAAGCACAAGACACACCAUCAAAGAAAAGUGAUGUGAUUCGCGUUCCUUCAGCAACUUCAAUUAUGUCAAUGACAACAGCAGCAAUUACUGCUAAUCCAUUGAACACCACUUUGACUAUCACAAAUCAGUUGGCAACUCAGGGUGCUGAAAUUAAUGAAAAGAAACGAGCAGCUAUGGAAAAACAAUCUUCAAUUGAUGAAGGUGUAAUUGCAUCGCAUCCCGAUGCUGACAAAGGUUCAAUGUCUUCGCAAAAAACUGUUUCGUCGCAGAAAACCAACACAUCACGAGGUGGCUCAAGGAAAACUUCAGCAAAACAUUCCGGUAAGAAUUCAGCUGAAAAGCCACGAUCUCGAGCAAGUUCCAUUCUGGGGGCGGUUGUUGGUGUCAACAGUGCUAUUCGAUAUUUGAGGAAACAGAAGUCAAAAGAUUCGAUUGACAGUGUAACAAGUGACGCACCACAAGUGACUUCGGGACCUGGUGCUGGUGCUGAAAAUAAUGACUCAAUACCAAUUGCUGGGAAAAUCCUGGAAAAAUCCCAACAAUCACUUGAAAAAGUUCAAAAGACUGUAGAUAAAGCAACAAGUGAAAUUCAUCACACGAUUAAUGAGAAUUUAUCAAAUUUAAGGAAGUUGGAAAAGAAAUUGAGUGGUGGAAACUUAUUGGAGCACGAUGCGAAUAACAACGAUGUUGAAAAAAAUUUAUCACGUCAAAGCACGAAACAAGACAUCGCUGGGUCAUCAAGAACCACAAACAUCGCGCACAUGUCAGCAUCAAAGAUGAGAAUGGAUAAAGAUGGAAUGAGUGUCAAUGCCAUUUCAGUCGCACCCGAUGAACGAUCUGGCCUUCAACAUCAGUCAUCUGAUGAAUCAAAUCAAACAAAUUCCAGUACAAGGUUAGCGCAAUUGGUCUUUAAUGGAUUUAUAAUUUGCGUGGGUGCGCCGCACCGAUCGACAAUUUUCUGA